AUGCUGAGUCUUUCUUUUGGACCAGGAGGUGUGUUUGAACUGCUGUCCUUGGUGAUCUCUGGGAUGAAAUCUAUAAUGGACAGAAAUGAGGACUUUACGUUUCUUAAAAGCAUGAUCAUGGAAAGGAGAUUCCAUCUACUGGUCAAGAUCCACGCGAGGUUGAGGCGGUUUGGAUCAAGGAAUCCUGUCCCGGUCCGGGAUAAUGCAAAGAGUCUGGCCUGUAAUUUGGCUGAGGAGCUGUGGACUCAAGUGGCUAGUGCGGAAUGUUCAGAGUUGAUCAGCCUGCUGUCCAACCCGCACAUCAAGGGCCUUCUCUCUGUUCACGACAUAGUAGCACAGAAAGGUUAUGACCCCGAGUUGCCACCCCUACCUGAUAACAUCGAAGAAGAGGAUGAGGACUCUGUGAAGAUUAUAAGCCUGUUCAAAUGCCAGGAGCCACUGGGGGCCACCAUAAAGAGAGAUGAAUCCACUGGAGCUAUAGUUGUAGCAAGGAUCAUGAGAGGGGGUGCUGCAGACAGAAGUGGUCUGAUUCAUGAGGGCGAUGAGCUAAGGGAAGUCAAUGGAGUCCAAAUGGAGGAUAAGACACCGGAGGAAAUCAUUCCUAUUAUGGCUCAAUCGCAGGGAGAGGUGACGUUUAAAGUGAUACCGGUACCUGGCAUCAAGGAAGAGCUGUCAGCCAAUGAGACUAUGUUAUUUGUGCGGUCGCUCUUUGACUACAAUCCUGAUGAGGACCCUGCCAUCCCCUGCAGACAGGCAGGGCUGGGCUUCAAGAGGGGGGACAUCCUUCAGAUCGUUAACCAGGAGGACGACACCUGGUGGCAAGCCUGUCGUCAUGGUGACAGCAACUCCCGAGCAGGACUCAUCCCCUCCAGGCAACUUCAGGAGAGGAGAGUCGCUCUCCAGCGGCCCAAAGCCUUAUUUAAACCUCAGAGAGUCCCCCAAAAAAUGACAGGUGAUGAUCUCUCCAAUAAACCCCGACCUGCAAGGAAUAAACAGUCCUUUAACACUCUCCCAGGACAAAGGCUGAAGGUCUUGUUCUGCUCUCUCUCUACAGUGGUGGAGGAUGCAGACUAUGGAGCUAUUACUGGAAUCCACAUCGCUGGUCUGAGAAGGAGUUUCCGGCUGGGCAGGAGGGGCGGUAGGAGUGGGAGUGUUGAGUCUAAAAGGAAGAGCCAGGAGAUGGGAGGAGCCACACAGACACCCACCUACCUGGAGGUGGCCCCGUACUGCAGGGACCCCAAAGAGGGACGUCGGCUGGUCCUGCUGGUUGGUCCCAGUGGAGUUGGGCUGAGUGAGAUGAAGAGGAGACUCCUGCUCUCUGACCCUGACCACUAUGGUGUCACUGUUCCACACACCACCAGAGAGAAGAGGAAGCAGGAGAAAGAUGGGGUAGAGUACCACUUUGUCUCAAGGCAGACGUUUGAAAUGGACAUCGUCAACCACAAGUUUUUAGAGUAUGGGGAUCACAGAGGGAACUACUACGGGACCAGUCUGGAGUCGGUGCACAAGGUCAUAGGGGAGGACAAGGUGUGCCUACUGGAUGUGCAGCCUCAUACUAUACAGCGCUUACACACAACCGAGUUCAAACCAUGUGUUGUUUUUGUGAAGCCACCAUCGAUUCAGGAGCUACGUUUUAGCCGAAGGAAAGCUACAUUCAUUUCCACCCAAGAUAUGACGAAACUGACAAAGACAUUUUCGGAAGAGGACUUUGAAGAUAUGAUUAGCUCAGCAGAAGCCAUGGAUAGCCAGUACGGCCACCUGUUUGAGAUGGUCGUUGUCAAUGGAGAUUUCGCCAUGGCAUUCAACAAACUGAGGGCGGAGCUGGAAAAGCUUGAGACGGAGGCGCCUCAGUGGAUUCCUGUGGAGUGGACCAGUCACACCGAACAGAACACAGAGAGCUUGUGCUGAACACACUAAGAGCCUGGUCAUACAUGUCUCAUUCCCCUGCUGAGGGGAGGAUGGCUCAUAAUAAU